AUGGCUCAACGUGUUACUUUCAGAAGAAGAAACCCAUACAACACUCGUUCCAACAAGAUCAAGGUUGUCAAGACCCCAGGUGGUGUGUUGCGUGCCCAGCACACCAAGAAGUUGGCUACCAGACCUAAGUGUGGUGACACUGGUGUUCCUUUGCAGGGUGUCUCUACCAUGAGACCAAGAGAGUACGCUACCGUCUCCAAGACUCACAAGACCGUCUCCAGAGCCUACGGUGGUGUCCUAUGCGCCAACGCCGUCAAGGAGAGAAUCGUCAGAGCUUUCCUGAUCGAGGAGCAAAAGAUCGUCAAGAAGGUCGUCAAGGAGCAAGCCGAGUCUGCCAAGACCACCGGCAAGAAGAAGUCCAGAAAGAACUAA